UCCCCAAGGCCCCCACCGCGGCAGAACCCUACUCACUCGCUGCAGGGCUCUGCAGCCUGGCAUCCUCUGCCCCAUGCCCGCCCGGGGUCGGGCGGCCCUUGCUGCGCCUUAUCCCGGCCUGUCCCUACCUGGUCUCCACCUGUCGAGCCCCGGAAUCCCCUCCCCAGUUUAACACACAGCAGCCCACUCUCCGUCCCGGGUAGGCCGUGGCCCAUUUUCCAAUGCAGCCCACCCCUCGUAUUUCUGGGAUUCGGCCCCAGGCUGGCCUGGGUACUUCCUCUCGUUGGGCUCUCAGGGGCCUACUGCAGUGGUUACAGCCCUGGCCUGAGCGCGUGGGCAUUAGGCUGCUAGUCCUGACUGCCAACGAGACCCUGGGACAUUAGCCUCUUUCCCUCCAUGGCUCUGUUUCCCUAACUGAGCUGGUGCUUCUCUCUGUGAGUUAAGAGUCAGAGCGUCUCAGUUGCCUUCACUCUGUUGACCAGCAAUGGUGAAGUUUGAGAAAGAAAAAAUUGAAGGCAAAGAGGGAAGUGGGGAGAAUCAGAUCUCAGAUCUGGGGGGAGAAGGUGCCAUAAGGAAUAGCUCUCUGUCCACCAAAGCCAGAAGGGUGGAAAGAGCAGGUAAGCUGGGGACCAUGGAGCAGAGUAAUUUGAGGGGAGGGGAGGCUAAGAGAUUCUGGAGCAGUGCAGAGACUUCUUGUGUCUGAGAAGUGAGCAGGAUGGAGGACGAGGUCUCACAGUGUGGGGAGCACCAGCUUUACAUGGUUCUCUCUGGAGCUACCCUGGAAGCCCGAGACCAAAACUGCCUCCAGUACUCAUUCACUGCUUUGAUUUUUUGCUGAGUUGCUGGCUGGGUGGCAAGUUGCAUAAGAGGAAGCCCUGUGGCAUCUGACUGAUCUUUCUGGAUUUGGAGCCAGCAGGGAGACAUUUUCCCUGGAGCUGUGUCCCUUGGUUGCAUGCUUGGUGACAUGUCUGAGAGUACCCAAAUGCCCCCUUUUCCCUCUGAUGAGUUUACAGCUCCCAACUUUGUUCAGCCAUCACAGGAGGAGCCAUGACAAGAAUCAGACCACCCAAGAGGCCUCACUAGACAUUUUAAACCCCUCAGUGUGCUGGGGGCAUGAGACGGAAUGCCUCUGUGAUGAGCAGUGGUGAGGUUUAGGAGAGCCAGAACCCAUAGGCCUCCUAGGAUAACAGCCCCACACAGUCUGGGGCACCCUCCAGCUGAAGGUGUGUUCCCUCAGUUCCCCAGCGGAUGAGGCCGUGAUACAGAACCCACAGACCCUGCGGGAACAGGACUCCAGGGGCCAUGGCCCAGGUCAGCAUCAACAGAGACCUUGACGAAUGGGGCUUAAGCACAGACUCUGGGGAGCGUGCCCGUCUGCUGCAGAGUCCCUCUGUGGACAUAGCCCCCAAGAGUGAGGGGGAGGCCCCUCCUGGGGGUCUGGGCGGAGGCACCACUUCCAGACUUGGAGCCAUCUUCAUCGUUGUCAAUGCCUGCCUGGGCGCGGGGCUACUCAACUUCCCGGCAGCCUUCAGCACUGCUGGGGGCGUGGCAGCUGGCAUCACGUUGCAGAUGGCCAUGCUGGUUUUCAUCAUCAGUGGCCUCGUCAUCCUGGCCUACUGCUCCCAGGCCAGCAAUGAGAGGACCUACCAGGAGGUGGUGUGGGCUGUGUGUGGCAAGCUGACAGGCGUGCUGUGUGAGGUCGCCAUUGCUACCUACACGUUCGGGACCUGCAUCGCCUUCCUCAUCAUCAUCGGGGACCAGCAGGACAAGAUUAUAGCUGUGAUGGCAAAGGAGCCUGAGGGGGCCGGCGGCAGCCCCUGGUACACAGACCGCAAGUUCACCAUCAGCCUCACUGCCUGCCUCUUCAUCCUGCCCCUUUCCAUACCCAGGGAGAUCGGCUUCCAGAAAUAUGCCAGCUUCCUGAGCGUCGUGGGCACCUGGUAUGUGACUGCCAUCAUUAUCAUCAAAUACAUCUGGCCUGAUAAAGAGAUGACCCCAGCAGACACCCUGAACAGGCCAGCUUCCUGGAUAGCCGUGUUCAACGCCAUGCCCACCAUCUGCUUCGGAUUUCAGUGUCACGUGAGCAGCGUACCCGUCUUCAACAGCAUGCGGCGGCCCGAGCUGAAGACCUGGGGCGGCGUGGUGACAGCUGCCAUGGUCAUCGCCCUCGCUGUCUACAUGGGCACAGGUAUCUGCGGCUUCCUGACCUUUGGAGCCGCUGUGGACCCUGACGUGCUCCUGUCCUACCCAUCGGAGGACAUGGCUGUGGCUGUGGCCCGAGCCUUCAUCAUCCUGAGUGUGCUCACCUCCUACCCCAUCCUGCACUUCUGCGGACGGGCAUGCCAGUGGAGGAGGACGUGGGGCGGGAGCGGCGGCGGCGAGUGCUGCAGACGCUGGUCUGGUUCCUGCUCACCUUGCUGCUGGCACUCUUCAUCCCUGACAUCGGCAAGGUCAUCUCAGUCAUCGGAGGCCUGGCCGCCUGCUUCAUCUUUGUCUUCCCAGGGCUCUGCCUCAUUAAAGCCAAACUCUCUGAGAUGGAGGAAGUCAAGCCAGCCAGCUGGUGGGCGAUGGUCAGUUACGGAGUCCUCUUGGUCACCCUGGGAGCCUUCAUCUUCGGCCAGACCACAGCCAACGCCAUUUUUGUGGAUCUUUUGGCAUAACCACUGCCUCCCAGAGAAUUCUUGGCCUUUGUUAUUGGACCCAGGAACCCAUCUCCUAGAGCUUCAGGACCACCCUGGGCCCGGCAUCAUUCCCCUCCACUGGUGGGAUGACAUCUGCACAUCCUUUUCCAGGAACAGUUCUGGGGUGAAAUCAGGCCCCACCCCCGUGGACAGUUCAAACUCAGCUCCCUUCCUGCUCCCCCACCCUGGCAGUGCCGUGGAUGGUAGGAAGAAGUCUCAUGUAACAGGGGAACCUCCUCCCCUCCUCGACCUCUUGACUUUUCCAUGUCUGGACACCAAGGGUAAAGAGUGUCAGUAGGUCUCCAAAGAAAGAACUCAGCCUGACUUGCCUCUGGAGAAAGAGUGUGCUCCGAGGGGUGCCAUCCUCCACAGAGAAGCCUGUCCUGAGUAGAGGCUCUGCUCAUCACCCCGGGACUCAGCACGUGCUCUAGGCUGUCGGCAGCCCAGCCACCAGUGGCUUCCUCUGGCAAGUCCCAGAGGUAGCUUGAAAGCAUAUGAGUGCACCAAGGCAGGUAGAUGGAUGCCUGUCCACUGCCUCCUGGGCCCGCAGAGAGCCCGAGAGCCCCCUUGCCCAUGGCUGAUUGACAUUUCCCAAGGUCUUUGGGGACUCGCCCUGCCUCUUUACUCAGACCUGAUGGUCCAGGCAUCCCUCUGCUCCUCCAUCCCAGACAUCACCAAGUCUAAUGUUUACAAACGGUGCCAGCCCAGCUCUGAGCCAGGGGCCAGGGGCUGCCCCGUGCCACGGUGCUGUGAGUACUCCCUGAACUCUCCCCACGGUGGGGAGUCUGCUUUCUCUCUUAGAUUCCAGAUGGGCCCCUCUUUUCAAAGCAACAAGAGUGGGGACAUCCCUAGUGGUCCAGUAGUUAAGACUCUGCUUGCAAUGUAGAGGGUACGAGUUCAGUCCCUGUCAGGGAACUAAGAUCCCACAUGCCACAAGGUGCGACCAGAAAAAAAGUUAAAAAUGAGACAGAGGCCCAAGAGUGGGUGAUGGAACAGGCUGGGAAUGCCACGCGGGCUGGGCUCGUGAGAAUCAAGGUGACUGUGUCUGGUAUCUUCACUUUCAAUGGCUGCUUCUCUUCUCCCUGCCCUCCAUGUUAACCCCAGCCAGGUACCCGGAGACGAGACAAGAAAGGCAGCUGACAUGUCAUUGACUGGACAACAUUUGAGUGUAGUCAUGCUGGCCUAGAAGUUUCCCUUCCUGUCUGGAUCUUGUCUGCUCCUUUCCACCAUCACCUGUUCACCCCCACCCCAUUUUCCUAUGGAGCCACAGUCUCUCCUGGUCACCUAAGUGUGGGAGUGGGGUGGACCAGACCCUCUCUUGUCCACUUCCUCAGCUCCACAUGUCCACUAGGCCAGGCCUUGGAGGCCUGUCGAUCACAUUGAGGACAUAGCUAGGUUGUGCCCCAUGCGAGGUGAGGAGGGAUAUUCUCCGCCUUCAUAUUUUGAACACUUUGGCCACUCAGGCCAACCCCAGGCACCAAAUCAGGCUUUCUCUGCCUGGAACACUCAGCAUUUUCCCUGGCUCUUCCUGCCUAAAACCUCUGAAUGGAGAAGUGGGGAUGAGAGGGACCCAUGUUCUCAGGGCAGUGAGAUAUAAGAAGCAGAGGCUGGCUGGAGCCGCAUAGACUUCUGCUCAGCUGCAGACUGGCUGACUUGCCGCUCCUCACAUCCCCUCGAGGCUCCCCCAGGGCCAGGCCCACGUGGCCGUCUACUCAGCCUGCUACACAGCACCAGGCCCCGCCAGCGCCCAUCUGGACAAGGUUUGGGAGGACAGACAUCAGCAGGGCUGCACCGCAGCCUCAUGUUGCAUUUCAAUCACAGGUGGGGGUCUGUAAGGGGGAAGUGAGCUGGAAUCUGGCCUGAUAACCUCAGGAGCCCCUUCCCCUGCCCUCCCUGCCUGGGCAUUUUACUGUUUUCUUUUUUACUUGUGCACAUUCAGACCAGGAAGGAUGGUUAAUAAAAAGGGACUUGUGCUGCUAA